ACAGUAACUAUCCACAGUUACGAGUACCACGAGCAGCUAUAAAGCCAGCUUACCAGGCUCAAUCUCUCUCGAUUCAAAUCGACGGUCAUUCAAAGUACUCACGUCGUUUUGGCGGGAUUCUAGAUUCCUCACUCCAUGUCGUGCCUCACCUGCAGCAACUGCGGCUUCGUCAAUCUGCUUCCCCCGGAGGCCCAUGUACAAAAAACUCUCCAAGCUAUACAAUUGAACUCCGACGACUUAGUUUUACAACUUCUACGCGGGUCACGGCCAUUGCUUGAUGCUGACCGUGCCUUGCUCGACGCUGAAAUUGCCAAGCUAGAAAGGUUGCGAUCUUUGUAUGAUGUUCAACUUCAAGAGAUUCAGACGCGCCGACGUCCAAUCUCGAAAGCCCUGGAAGAUCGCACGUCGAUCUAUGCCCCCAUUCGUCGUCUCCCCCGAGAUAUUCUCACCGAAAUCUUCCAUUCUGUCUGUGAAUGUUGGCGGCAGGAAAUAGAAGUGGACAGCAUCUUUACGGAAAACCGUUAUAGUCUAAACGUAUCUGGGCCUCUUUGGGUCUUAGGUCGUGUCUGUGGGCUUUGGAGGGAUACAUUGCACUCCUCUCCGGUGUCCUGGGCUCGGGACAUCGUACUCAAGUCCCCUUUCUCCAAGCACGCUCGCAAGAUACUGCAAACUUAUCUCGAGCACACAGGCGAACACCCUCUCAGUCUAUCGGUCGACUGUUACGACGAUAAUUCCACAGAAGACCACGAAAUCAUGUCUUUAGUUGUUCAAUCCUGCUGUCGCUGGAAAAAAGUGUACAUUUGCACCGACGUGCAUUAUAUGCACCACCUGGAAUCUAUAUCGUAUCUUCCCGUUCUGCAGAUGAUUGAGAUAGAUAUCAUCGUUGACUACGAGUCUGAUUGCCAUUUGGGCAUGUGUUUGAAUGCCCCGCAGCUAUGGCGAGCGUCCCUUCCUCGCCAAGGGAUUCAUCAAGUGGGGUUACCGUCCAGCAUAACUCAUUAUUCUGGACGCAUCACUUGUCUGGAAGAUUUUCAGCUCCUCUCCCACUUACCCAAGCUUAUAACAUGUCAUCUUCGAGAUUUCUGGACGCUCUCAUUCCAAGCCCGCCGAGUCGAGGCUCCGGUGACUAUGGCCGAGCUUCGUCAUCUCUAUGUGAAUAGUGCGGAUUAUCUCAACUUCCUGACGGCACCUCUCCUCCAAAGUUUGACCAUAUCCGAACCUAUGCGAGGAUCAGUAUCUGUCCCUUCCUUCCUCCGUCGAUCGGGGUGUCACCUCGAGAACUUGAGCUACAAUAUGCGCGCGGCAGCAUGGCUCUCUUCGGAGCCGCCGGUCUUGGUCAGCAACAUACUCUCAUCAGAGGCAUGUUCUACUGUCUCCCGCCUUAAACUUGAGCUUGAUAAACGCUUCGACGAAGUUGCCGAGGCCCUCACUUCUCUCUCUGUCCUGCCCAACCUACGUCAUCUUAUACUCUGCGUGACGACACCUGUAGAAGAAUAUGAGUGGAAUGCCAUACCCGAUAUGAUACGCUUCCGCCGUGAUGCAGGGCUGCUGAAAGCAGUUGAACUGCAGAUUACGGACUAUGGGAGUGGACGCUCGGACGAGUACGACAUCACAACGGAAAUCAAGGGACUUGCUGGGGACAAUUUGGAGAUGCGGAUUGAGGAAUGGAACUCCCCAG